AUGACCGUGAGCGAGCCUCAACCAAGACGGAAGCUGCUGUUCACGCCCGGGCGGCGGCCGCUGUCCGAGCCUUACAGCCAGUGUUUCCAGAACUACUACCACGCGUACCAGUAUUUGCAGCCAACGCCCCUGUACCUCCCCAACGUGCGACUGUCGGUCAACCACUGGCAGCUUCGCGACUUGGUGCAGAUUGAUCCGCACCUCGGCACCUUGUACCACACGUGCGACGAUGCGGUGCGGGAGCUCUCGCCGCUCUCGCGGCGCGCGCGCCAGGCGCGGCUGGCGGACUACGCGCGGUUCCCGUUUUUCCCGCGCUGUUUCAACCACGCCGAGGGCGGCAUGAUUGUGGCGGGCAGCGUGCUCACGCUGAGCUCGCGCGCGUUUUCCAUGGCCGUGCCCAGUCUAUUUGGCGACCGCAGCGCGCGCCGCCCGCAAAAGGGCUUGUUUUCCGUGUUCACGCCCGAAAUGCCCGAGCCGCUCACCUAUAAGUUGGGCGAGAUGAUCAACAACGCAGUGGCUGUCUACCGCGACCUGGGCGGCGGCUACACGUCGUACGUGUGCAACAACGACACAAACUUGUACACGGUGGACAUUGGCAGCUCCGGCGUGUGCGCCAAUCGCAAAAUCACCUGCGAAGCCAACGUGUCGCUCAACAACGCGCGCCUCUCGCCCGACGGCAAGGUGGUGGCGGUGACGGGCGACGCUAGCUCACUCUACCUCGUGGACCCGGCCGCGCCGCUGGCGGUGCGCAGCGUGAAAACCGGCCGCGGCUCCGGCUUUGGCAUUUCCUUCCACAGCAACGGCGUCACCAUGGCCGCGUCUUUUGAAGACGGCGUGUGUCUCCUUUACGACAUGCGCAACAUGCAUGUGCCGUUGCACGAGGUUCGCUCCACGCGGCCUGGCCACCAGGCUGGCGCCUUCCGCUGUUGCAAGUUCCUUGACUCGUUUGUGCAAGACCUCUUGGUGGUGCUGGAACACGCUGGACGCGUCCACUUGGUGGACUUGCGCAACUUGACCAGCGAUUCCCAGCAGGUGCUUGUGUUUCCCUUUGCUUUGGAUCAGUAUGGCCGCUGCCAGGCAGGCACGAGCAGAAAGGGCAUCAGAGAAGAUGUCGAAGCAGACGCGACACCUACAGGUGCUACACAUGACGACAUGGUGCCCGAGCCGCUGAAAGACGAUCACCCCGUGACACACCGUCGCCUUGACAUUUACGGAGAAAACCCUUUCCCCGUGCCGCUUGUGUACGACUACUCGUAUCUUGCCGACACAAACCCAAAGCUCUUCAAAGAUUUUGAGUACGAGCCAGCAGGCGACGACAGCCCACGGGUGCUGCGAUUUGUGCACGAUUCCUACCAGCAGGCGGUGAAUCAUGCGCAUGGCGAAAUGGAACUCGCGGGUCUAGACUGGUUCGAGGACCAGCUCUACAUUGGCUGCGACGAUGGUGGCGUGCUCUGUUGGGACAUCAACGUGCGUGCCCGCCGGAGCUUUGGCGGCUACCUGAUUGCAUAA